AUGUCCGAAAUAAGUGAAAUUGUCAUUAUCUAUCCAAACCAUCAACAUAAAUGCAAACGACAGACUGUGAUGUUUCAGGGUUUUAUAGAUUCAGAUACUAAAAAGGAUUGGGAUUCAUCUCAAUCAUCAACAGAGAAGCCCCCCCCAUGGAAGAAGCUUCUAUGGGUGAAACAAGAUUAUCCUGAUGAUUAUGUAGACAGUACUUUUCUCCACGAGUUGCGGAAGAACGUGAACGUCAGAGCGUAUGAUUAUUGGGAAGUGGUAAUGGAAUCGGGAGUAAUUUCGCAGCACAUAAGCAGUAUAAUAAUCUUUGUUGCAGUCUUCAUAUACUUGUAUUUCGACAUGCUUUCGGCCGAAAAGCUCAUUGCUACUGGAACUAUUCUUACCGCCAUUGGAUACAUAAUCUGGGCUUUGAGUAUACGAAAGACAGAUCCAUCCUACGAAUAUAAACAAAAAAAGACAGCGAAAGGAGCAGUACUCUUUUUUGCAACGCUUCUCGGACUAUCUCCCAUAUUAAAGACACUCACAAAGGAUACAAGCAGUGAUACUAUAUGGGCACUGACUGUGAUACUGUUUCUUACAAAUAUGCUUUUUCAUGACUAUGGUUCGGGAAAUCGAACAAAUAUCAGAUUUCCUGGAUCGGUCUCUGUUAAUGCGGCAAUAUUUGCCUCUGUACUUUUGGCAUCUAGACUUCCUUCUAAUUUACACGUGUUUGGAUUGAUGUCAUUUGCAGUAGAGUGGUUUGCAUUGUUUCCAAUAUUUAGAAGAUAUACGAGGGUAAUGUCAAAAAACCACGAGAGUGCGGGUAGUGGGGAAGUUGAGCAUAAUACACCCGACUAA